UCACUUAGAAAACUGAAAAUGAGAAGAACUCAGAGUCAUGUGACUGAAGUUGAUGGACUUGAGCAUUCGAGCCAUCACCAAAUGUUGACAUGGUUAGCACAAAUCUCGGAUGGAGAUGAUGGAAACAAGACAUGAAUAGCCCUUGAAGCUCGAGCAAAACAUACAGUACAGACACAAAAGUACCACAAAACCAGCCAAACAGAAAAGGGAAAGAAGAGCCCCAAAACCCAUAAUAAUUAACAAACAAAAAAGAAACACAUCAAACCCGGAAAAGAGCAAAAGAAACAAACACAAAAUAACCACAACUCUGUUCUUGAUUCUCUCUCUCUCUCUCUUUCUCACUCUCUCCACAGCUUUACCAGCUCAGUACUCAUCUCCGCCAGCUAUGGCGGCGGCAGCAGCAGCCGGAGCUUUGUUCAAAGUGGCGGCCCUGCUAUUCUUGCUUUGCACCGCCGCAGCCUUCUCUGCCGCGGGGAUAGCGGCAGCCACCUGGUGUGUGGCCAGGAGCGACGCGAGUGACCAAGCUCUGCAGACAGCUUUGGACUAUGCAUGCGGCGCUGGCGCGGAUUGCGCGCCGAUCCAGUCUUCUGGGCUUUGCUAUCUGCCCAACACUUUGCAAGCCCACGCCUCGUAUGCCUUCAACAGUUACUAUCAGCGCAAGGGGAAUGCCCCUGGCUCAUGUUCUUUUGCUGGCACUGCCGCCAUUGCCAGAACUGACCCAAGCUAUGGAUCUUGUGUUUAUCCAUCAUCCCCAAGCACGGCAGGAGGGGUGGUUCCACCAGGAGGCACAGCCGGAGGUACAACAAUUCCAGGUACAACACCGACUAUAAUAGGACCUCCGCCACCACCAGGAACCACCACGCCAUUGUAUGGCGGUGGAGGAGGAUCAAAUCCGGGAAUGGGACCCGUAAUCCCCGACUCCCCCAGGUCUACCGCUUCGACUGACAUGUCAAUAAAAACAAUCUUUUAUCAUGCGACUUUCUUGGUCGUUCUCUCGUUUAUCUUCCAAACCAUGUAGUCUGUACAAAGUACUUUAACCAACAUUCUAUAAUCUUGGGGACUAGGUUAGAACAGUUUUGUCUAGCAAGUAGGCUUCUUUUGUUUCGGCUCUUAGACGUUUGAUGCUAGGUUGCAGUUGUUUCUUCCACGACUGGCAAAAGUUCGUCGAAGGCUCAUGCAGUUUGCCAUGUUAGCUAUGAUACUGAUUUUUUGUGUGCCUCCGCAACCAUUCAAUGAAAUCUUUUAUGCGUAA